GGAGAAGAAGAAGAGUAACGAGAAAAGGAAAUGAGAAAUGAUAUUGUGGAAAAGUAGAAAUGGUGGAGGCUAAUAGGUAAAGGUGAAAUGUAGUACGAAGUCUAGUAGACUCUCCACCAUGUAUAAAUUAUGGAGAAUGGUGGGAUGGAAUUUUUUAUGGUGUAAUACUGUGUUGGAAGCACUAGGAGUGUAGCACACACUAGAUUUAGUUGAAAAAGGAAAAAGGAAAGGGGUAAUAAUGGGUACCGUUAUCCGCGAGUAGCAUAGAACCGAACAGAAUUGAAGAGAGCAUUGAAAAGGUGGGAGCAGAGUGCGGGCUACUCAAGUAGAAGAGAUGAGAUGAGAUGAGGGUGCACAUGAAAGUGAGUUUUUUAGCCACUUCCACUUCAAUGAAAUGCCCUUUGUCCUAUACUUGCAUAUCACUAAGGACAAAGAUUGGGUUUGCUUGAAAUAGCAAAAGUUGAAGACUCAAAGCAACCAUUUUUAUUUUCCAACUUGUUCAUUCUGUAUGCCAAUUCUGAGUAGUUCACCACAAGCACCCAACUCAUGCCACCACCAUCACCACUUUCAUUUGGGGCUCCACUAAACACACAAACACACAGAGAUAAGGAGGAGGAGGAGGAAGAACAAAAGAAAGCAAAUUUGUUGUUUGUGUGUGUUUGUUUCCCAGUCCCACCACCGAGUUUCCCUUUAAUUUUCUCUCUGGGACUGUGAAGUACUUGUGACCCUCUAUCUUCUCAAGUGGGUCAUGCUUUGUGGCCCCUACCUUCUCCCACUUGCUCCUAGUCUCUGCUGUCUUAGCCUCUGCCCUUUAAUGUUGUCUUCGCGACCCUCUUGUCUCUUCCAUUUUUGUGCUCUUAUUCCUUCCACAAACAGAAACAAAGAUCCAUUCUUUCUCCAUAUAGGGGCUAAGUGAUUUUGGUUUCCCUGCUUCCUAAAGGUGGUGAAUGGUAUCAAACAUCUGUUUGUGUUUCUUUUGGAAUAUUUUAGUCUUGUCUGCUAAAUAGGAGACUGCUCCAGCUCAAUUAAACCAUCUGGAUCGCCUCACUUGGAAGCUUGCAAGGCCUGUUGCUUGGGGACUGUUGUUUGGAUUUGAUUGUCUUGGUUCGGGAGCUGUUUCACAAAAAGGGGUUCUUUGGAUAGUUUUCUAGAUACCGGAGACCAUACUUCGAAUCAGAGAGAUUCAUGCUUGGUCGAAGAACGAAAUGGAGAGGUUUCCACUUCUUUAGUAUUCAGUACUCUAGGGAAUAGAUAUGAAGAACAUUCUUAAGAAGCUUCAUAUCAUGUCUAACCAAUCGGAUGAUGCACAGGGGGCUACUUCAUCAAAGAGCACCAAGUCCAGUGACGGUUCAUCUUCCACUACCCCUAAGAAGCUUUCGAAUUGGUUGCAUUCAGUUUCUAAUAGGCAGAGUCCCAGUCCUCCGUCUCCUAAUCUUGCCAGAGGAGAAAGAAUGGACCCAUCUGAUUCAGUGAGCAGUGGUGGUUUGGAUGUUGUGUCUGAUUCAGCAAGGCGUGAUUCGGAGUCUAGCGCGUCUAGGGAUCCUGAAGUGGAAGAGGAAUAUCAGAUACAACUGGCUUUGGAGCUGAGUGCAAAAGAGGAUCCUGAGGCUGUACAGAUUGAAGCUGUUAAGCAGAUCAGUUUGGGAUCUUGUGACCCUGAUAAUACACCAGCUGAAGUUGUGGCCUACCGGUACUGGAAUUACAAUGCUCUUGGUUAUGAUGACAAGAUCUCAGAUGGUUUCUAUGAUCUGUAUGGAAUCUUGACUGAGACAACCUCUGCAAGAAUGCCUUCUCUAGUAGAUCUGCAAGGAAAAUCAACCUCAAUUGAUGUCACAUGGGAAGCAGUCUUGGUCAAUAGGGCUGCUGAUUCCAACUUGUUGAAACUUGAACAAGAAGCCAUGAAGAUGGCUGCCAGUUCAGGAAAAGAUUUUGAAGUAGUUGUAAAUAGCAAUUUGGUACACAAGCUUGCAAUAAUGGUAGCUGACUAUAUGGGUGGAUCAGUUAAAGAUCCUGAAAGCAUGUCUAGAGCCUGGAGGAGUCUUAGUUACAGUCUAAAAGCCACCCUUGGCAGCAUGGUUUUGCCUCUUGGUUCACUGACCAUUGGAUUGGCUCGGCAUCGAGCAUUGUUAUUCAAGGUUUUAGCAGACAGUUUGGGCAUACCGUGUCGAUUGGUGAAAGGACUGCAGUAUAUGGGUUCUGAUGAUGUGGCAAUGAACUUUGUCAAGAUUGAUGAUGGAAGGGAGUACAUUGUGGACCUAAUGGCAGCUCCUGGAGCACUUAUUCCAUCUGAUGCUACUGCAUCACACAUUGAAUGCGAUGGAUCUUCAUUUAUGGCCAGUCCUUCAUCAAGAGAGCUAGAUUCGUCCAAUGAAGCAUCAUUAAGUAGCGGGGUUGGAAGUUCAUCUGAAGAAACUUCAGACUGUGGAGGGAAAGAAUCUGGUUUGAGUGAGUUUGCUACAGGCAAGGAAGAUUUAAAGAAACCAUCAAAUGAAUCCAAAAGUACCCCCUAUGCAGAGAAGAUCAGAGUGAAGGAUUCUUCCGGAAGAACUAACUAUCCAUACACGCAUGGACGAUCUCCUUCUUGGACUGAGGGCAUCAGUUCCCCUGCAGCACGUAGAAUGAAAGUCAAAGAUGUUUCCCAAUACAUGAUUGAUGCUGCUAAGGAGAAUCCUAACUUGGCUCAAAAACUUCAUGACGUUUUACUUGAAAGU